AUAUACCUCCGAUAGACGUAAAUAAUCAAUCUCGGUUUGACGUCUAUGAGAUUUUGAAAUAUUGCGUUAGUAGAUUCGAUCGAAAUAUUUUCAACAGAAAUAUAAAGGCAUACAAGACUGCAAAUGUAUGUAUAGAAGCAUUAAAAGGAAAUAAAGUACUAUGCGAAAGCGCGUAUGAAGCAGAAUUACAUAAUAGACUAUCAUAUUUUCUUAGGGACAAAGGCGGUAAAGUUACAGGAAAAUACCAUCUUGUUGGUGGAUCUAAAAAUAAAAAAAAGCAUCAAUACGUUUACUUAGUAAUAGAGUCGCCCGGAUAUAGCGUUGCAAUAGAGUUGGCAGCAACUCUAAGAAAGAAAGAUCUCGUUGACCAUUUCAGUCGAGCUCUAAACUACUCUAAACUACUUAAGUCCAGCGAAGUGUGGGUAGUUCACUUCAUGGCGGAGGAUGAAGCAAUGAAAAAUCUCUGUUGGCCCAAUGAUAAAGAUCUUAAGAAGGGCCUCAGGGUCGUACAUAUUUAUCACAAUCUUGAUUUCGAGGAAGUAAAAACUACUGCGUUUUGGUUGAUUGCUCUUAUUAUCAUAUUUCUAACUAUCACACUCAAUUAUAGAUUCUGGUUUAAAAUGUGA